AUGAAUGCGGUCUCGUUUCAACUGAAUGCUCGAAAUUUAUGGGAUCAGUUGACAGAGGGCUCAAAGUACAAUGGUACCAAAUACCUGCAAUUGGUUCCUGAUCUGGAACCACUGAAAGGUCUGAUAGACAUAAAGAGUACAGAUGACGAGCCGAUGUUCAUACGCAUUGAUAACGAUGACGCACAAAGGCGAGAAUUCUUUGUGGCAAAGAAAUGUUGCUUGAAAUUGUGUGUUGCGGCAAUUUUUGAACUAAACAGAAUUUUAGAAAUGGAAGAGAGGAAUCCUCAAAUGUGGAGUGAGUCCAUGCAAUGGCAGGCCUUCCUCACAACUAUAGCCCUUCUGGUCACCAGUCCUGAAAAUCACAGCGCUUUGAAUCUACACCAGGACCUCGCCGAGAUUUUGUUCUUGAGAGAUGAAACUAUUUUGAGGUCUGAAUUAUAUUUGCUGAUUUCCCUGUUGACGUGCAACAAUGCAAAAGUGAACAAAUCAUCUAGUAUAUGGCAUCUCUUCAAGAAGGUCUACCUUCUGCACGUGGUUCAAAAUGUGAAUGUUUCGAGCAUUGUUUUGCAUGCUAACUUGCUCUCAGCAACUGAGCAUAAAAACAAUUAUUAUGCCUGGUCAUUUGCAAGAUUUUUUGUCCAGGUCGAAUGGUUAGUAUACGAUAACAAUCUUCAAGGUGUGUAUACUCAGGUUCGUCAGUUCUGCAGGGAUGCACCUCAAGACACAUCAUCUUGGAUGUUUUUACAGCAUUUGAUGACUUUGGAAUUCACGCCGAAACUACGGGAAAAAUUGCAAUUAGAUUGUUUGCGGCUUCUAGAUGGGUUUUCUGUUGGUGAUAUCCGUUUCGGAGAGGCAUACGGAAGACCAUUCAGCAGGGAAGAGGUGAGGGAGAUAGUUUUAGAGACGAUCGAAUGGAUCCAUCGUAUGGAAAUUACUUCUCUGUCGCCUUGGGAAUUUGUGAAAAUGAACAUUGGAGAAGAUCUUUCAACCGUUGUCGACCAAUUGAAGGAAUCUGUCUCGAAGUUCGAAGACGAACACGGGAAAAUACACUUGAUCAAUGGCUAUUUUGAGACAGAGUCCUCAAUUGACGAGUCCAAUUUGCUGCUAAUGAAACUGUACACCACCACGGCCAACAAAAAGAGGGUCCUGAGGUGGUACGAGAAACACGGAAGGUUUAAUGGAUAA